AUGAAAAGUCAUGUAUUUGGAAAUAGUCCGUCCCCAGCUGUAGCUACAUAUGGCCUCCACAAGGCCUCGUCAGUCGGCGACUCAUGCGUUCAAGAGUUUGUCAACAACAAUUUCUAUGUUGAUGAUGGACUUAUCUCACUUCCAAGUGCAUCCGAAGCUGUGAAUCUCAUGAAGAAAACACAAGCAACACUUAGAGAAAAUGGACAUAUUGGUCUACAUAAAAUUGCUUCAAACAGUGUUGAUGUUAUGGAGGCUUUUCCUAUGGACGGCUUGGAAAAGAAUUUGAAAAACUUUAACGUUUGUGAAACCUUACCUGUUCAGCACAACUUGGGGAUGAUUUGGGAUUUGAACAAAGAUAUGUUUGUGUUUCAAAUUGCGGACAAUGAAAAGCCACUAACUAAACGAGGACUUUUAUCAACAAUGAACAGUUUAUUUGAUCCCUUGGGAUUCAUUUCUCCUGUGACAAUCAGUGGGAAAAUACUCCAGCGUGAACUUGUACCAUCUGGAAGUGAUUGGGAUGAACCACUAUCUAACGACAACAUCAACAAAUGGAGAUCUUGGCUAGAUGCUUUACAUUCUAUGAACGGUUACCAUGUUCCACGUAUGAUUGUAUCUACCUCAGUUUCUACUGUUGAUGUUCAUGUAUUUUCUGAUGCCUCCGAGCAGGCAGUAGCUGCUGUAGCGUACGUUAGAGUGAUAUGUGAAUCUGGAGAUUCGUCUAUAGGAUUCCUCAUGGGCAAGUCCAAGCUUGCACCCCUCAAAGGUCAUACUAUUCCCAGAUUGGAGUUAUGUGGAGCAGUGUUAGCCACUGAAGUAGGAGAAGCUAUAUCAACUUACCUGAGUAUAUCUUUGGACCAUUUUCAUUACUACACGGAUAGCAAAGUAGUUCUAGGAUAUAUCUCGAACACUACCCGGAGAUUCUUCAUGUAUGUCAGCAACAGGGUGGAAAAGAUCCACAGAAUCUCAUCUCCAUCACAGUGGUCCUAUGUCGCUACAGACCGCAAUCCAGCAGAUGCUGCAACUAGGCACUCUAACGCAGUAGACUCAUCGGUGAAUCGUUGGAUAUCUGAUCCUGAAUGGCUGAAACAUGUAUCUGAUGAGACUAUGGCAGAGACAUUUCCUCUUAUUUCUCCAGAAUGCGAUAGUGAAAUUCGUCAGGAAGUAGUUUCUAUGAAAACAAAACUUUCUAUCAAUUCAUUGGAGCCUCGUUUUGUGAGAUUUGACAAAUGGGAAACACUUGUAAAGGCCAUUUUAGUUCUGAAACUCUUCAUAUUAAAUCGGCUAAAGAAGAAUGGACAGAAAAUAUACGUAGAUCUAUUCAAAGACACCGAAAUGUUUGUUAUCAGCCAAGUUCAGCAGAAAACCUACCGGAAAGAGAUUGAAAACCUUAAAUGCGGAAAACCCAUUCCGAGAGACAGCAAAAUACUAAGACUGGAUCCUUUUCUUGAUACAAGUGGAAUCCUACGUGUUGGAGGAAGGUUGAAGUAUAGCUCCAAAAUGUUACUUGGUGAGAAAAAUCCAGUUCUUGUUCCCGGCAAACACCACAUAGCAAAACUUAUCGUACUUCAUUUGAAUUGGUACGCCAUCAAGACGCCACCUGACAGAUGGUGCUAUUAG